GGCUUUUUAAACGAAGUCAUUGCUCAAGGAGGCCUUGAUAGCCUUUACCAGCGCCUCAUGAGAGGAGAGAUCACAUUUUCACAGUGGAUUCCUCUCAUGGAAGAAGAUUGUAGGAAGCUUUCUGCAGCCUCUAAUUUCUGCCUCCCAGAGAAAUUCUCUAUACAGAGAAUCUUUGAAGAUAUAUUUUCAAAAGCAAAGAUCAAUUACCCUAUCCUUCAGGCUGCCAUCACUUUGAGAAAUAAGGGAUAUAAAACCUGCAUCCUUACCAACAGCUGGUUGGAUGAUAGCCCCCAGAGGGAUACUGUUGCCCAGUUAGGAUGUACCCUACGCAAACACUUUGAUCUAAUGAUAGAAUCAUGCCGAAUUGGAAUGGCAAAGCCAGACCCAGAGAUUUAUAAGUUUGCCCUGGAGACAUUGAAGGUGGCACCACAUGAGGCUGUUUUCUUAGAUGACAUUGGAGCCAACCUCAAGAAAGCUCGUGAAGUAGGAAUGGUCACCAUCCUUGCCCAAGAUACCGACAUGGCCCUGAAAGAAUUGGAAAAAUUAACUGGCAUACAGUUUCUCCAUCACAAUGCGGUACGGCCUGUUGCUAUCCAGCCAAGCAAUGUUGCCCAUGGAUAUGUUGAAGUCAAGCCUGGUGUCAAGCUGCAUUUUGUGGAGAUGGGGUCUGGCCCUGUUGUGUGUCUCUGCCAUGGCUUUCCUGAAAGCUGGUUCUCUUGGAGGUAUCAGAUCCCAGCUCUAGCAGAUGCAGGCUACCGGGUUAUUGUUCCGGAUAUGAAAGGCUAUGGUGAUUCUUCUGUCCCCUAUGAAAUAGAAGAAUAUUCCAUGGAAGUCAUAUGUAAGGAGUUGAUUACUUUCCUGGAUAAGCUGGGCAUUUCCCAAGUGGUGUUUAUUGGCCAUGACUGGGGUGGUGCCCUGGUGUGGUACAUGGCCCUCUUCUAUCCAGAGAGAAUAAGGGCAGUGGGCAGUCUGAAUACACCCUUCAUUCCAGCAGAUCCAGCUGUGCCUAUUAUAGAGAAGGUCAAAUCCAACCCAAUCUUUCAUUACCAGCUCUACUUCCAAGAACCAGGAGUGGCAGAGGCCGAACUGGAGAAGGACCUGACCUGGACCUUCAAAGUGAUGUUCCGAGCAAGUGAUGAGAUGAAGUUUUUCACAAUGGAAAGUCCUCUUGAAAAAGGAAUUCUGCCAAAAACUGGGAAUCUCCCAUCGAGUUGGAUGGUAACAGAGGAAGAGAUUGAGGUCUAUGUGCAGCAGUUCAAGAAAUCUGGCUUUAGGGGUCCCUUAAACUGGUAUCGGAACAUGGAUGCAAAUUGGAAGUGGGGCUGUACUGCUGCCGGAAGGAAGAUCUUGAUUCCAGCCCUGAUGGUCACAGCUGAGAAUGACACGAUUCUCCUUCCAAAGUUUUCUAAGCACAUGGAAAUGUGGAUCCCCAAUCUGACACGGAGAAAUAUUGAGGAAUGUGGACACUGGACUCAAAUGGAAAAGCCAAGAGAGGUGAAUCAGAUCCUCAUUGAAUGGCUGCAAGAUGUGACCAAGAAUCCACCAUUGCUCUCUAUGCUCUAAUGUGGGGCAUAUAUGUAUGUGCGUGUGUGUGUGUAUGAGAUCCUGCAAACACCUCUAUCAUUUCACAUGGGGAGAUUACUCCUGUCAAAUGAUGGCUUUCUUUUCCAUCCACCUCCUUUAACGAACAGCAUUAUGAGAGCCUGGUGGGAUGCACCAGAAAGGCAAUGAUGCUUCCUUCUCCUCUUGCUACAGCACACACCACAAAUAAGGGCUUCAGUUCUGGGGGGAGGGAGGGAAAGGAGAUGAGUCUGUUUAAUGAGCAUAGAUGGGAAGCUAUUUGAAUUACUCCCAUUAACACUUUUUUCCUUAUGAUAGUAAUUAAAAUAGGUGAUAGUUAUUAAAUAAUAGUGAUUUAAUUUAAAAAGUCAGAUUGGGAAAGGGUAAUCAUUAUCAACUGGCCCACAAGUCAGAUGCUCCUGGGUUCCAGCUCAGCUGCUUAUUAGCUGAAUGACCUUGGGCAAGUCAUUCAACCUUUCUGAACCUUAUCCAUCCAGUGAGAGUUGGACUAGCAUGAGAUAAACUCUCUGGCCUCUUCCAUCUCUAGCAUAAAAGAGUCAAUCAGGAAAUUUAAAAUGGGGCAAAUUUUGCAGGAUAAAGAAACCACUAAAUGAGGAAGGUCUUCAGAUUAGUCUUCAGGUGUGAGAUGGGAGAGGGAAAACUGGGGUUUCUAAUUUGAUUGAAUGUUUGAUAGUGUUGCAAAUUGAUUUGUUAGUCGUGGUUAUGACUACAAUAAAAAAAAAAUUUUGUGAAAUA